GGUGCAUCCUCUCACCGACUGCAGCCACGGAGCAGCGGCGGCAGCGCGCCUGCGCAGUGCAUCCAGGGGAGCCUGGCGGAGAUCGGUGCUGAAGCGGGGCGGAUGGCAGGAAAAGCAGCGGCGAUGGACACGAUUACACCGCGGGAUUCCCAUUCACGAUGUCUUUAGAUAUGCGUCGCGACGCCGCGUUUUCACCCACAUCACUGUAGGACAGUGACAGGCCAGCGUAAAGGGAUGCCGUACAUUCGCUGCCUCCUGUUCUCUCAAGUCUAGAAAGGAUUGUUUUUGUUGAGGUCCGAGGAAGCCGACGUUGAGAGAUGCAAAACGGGAAAACGGGUUAAGGAAGCCGGGGGAGAAAAGUCGUCAAAUCUCACCUCAUCUCUCUGGUGUUCCUUCCUGUGCUUGUCGGUCAGGGAUGGUGACACCAGUAACCUCUCCUCCUCUCCGUGGUGAAACGUACCUCCUCGCCUCGUCCCACUGCUCCAGCGAGCCAAACAGCCAGCGCGCUUGCCGUACAGCCACUCAGACAGCCCACCAGUCAGUCACUUUGUCGACCAGCUUGCUAUCAACCAGCAACCUAUUACCUCACGCCAUGACUGCUUCGUCUGACCUGUGUUUAGGAACUCAUUAAUUCAUGCCCCACAGUGUGAGUGGAGUGGAGAUGAGAAAAAGGCAGGCGGCUCACAUCGAGGCCCCACCCCAGGCCCCAGGACAGCCACGACCGAAUACCUGCUGCCUCUGCUGGUGCGGCUGCUGCAAGUGUCUUUGGAAUGAAGACAGAAUCGAGAGGAGUGAACGGCAGACCUGCACCAAGAUGGACAGUAUUGAAGCUGCUGAAGAACAACGCCCCAGUUUAGAAGAGUUGCUGUCGUGGGCACGGAGCUUUGAGAUGAUGCUGCGUUCAUUGGAGGGCCGGGAGAUCUUCAGAGAAUUCCUGCGCUCCGAGUACAGCGAGGACAACCUGCUUUUCUGGUUGGCCUGUGAAGAGUUAAAAAAGGAGACGAACCCCUCUGUGGUGGAUGAGAAGGCCAGGAUUAUAUAUGAAGAUUAUGUUUCUAUAUUGUCACCCAAAGAGGUGAGUCUGGACUCUCGGGUUAGAGAAGGCAUAAACCAGACCUUAGCAGAGCCUAGCAACAUGAUGUACGAGGAGGCCCAGCUCCAGAUCUACACCCUGAUGCACCGGGACUCCUUCCCGCGUUUCCUCAACUCCUCCGUUUACAGAGACCUCCUGGCCACCAGGAGGCGCACCUGCCUCGACACCUAAACCUUGCCACCGAACGUUCGUCAUUGCCAACGUACGCCAACGAGACUCCUACUUAAAACUUCAAAUACUACUAUGGUGCCAGAAGUCAGGUUUGGGAAGAAAAAAAGUCUCUUGCUCUGUUUUGAUGGCAAAAAAACUUAAAUGACAUCCAAGAUAGCUGGUCGUUUUUUUUUUUUUUUAUUUAUAUUUUUUAAGCAAUUUCUAUCCAGUUGUUCACUGGAGCUAGGUCGGCCUUUGCUGGCUGCUUAUUGGUCGAUUUGAGACCAUUAUUGCUGGCCAGUGAUUGUUUUGCUAGCAGUUUGUUCCGUUUUGUUUCGAGCGGCUGACUCCACCCUUAUCAGCGAUUGGUUUAAACGGCCAACCCGAAUGGCCGAGCGUUGGUUAAGCACGGACAAGGACUCCUCGGGUGGCGAGGACACAGAGAAGGAAAGAGACAUAAAGGACAAACCCACUGUUCCUGUACUGUAAUAUUUGAACCUCAUGCUCUUUACCCUCACUUUAAUGCUCUGUCCUUGUCACUCUUUUCCAUUGCCGUCCCAUUUCCCUGUUUUUUUUUCUUCUUGUUUUAUAUCUCUUCACUCUCUAAACAUGACACCCAAUGGUUGGUGGGAAUGGGAGAAUAUUUGCCUUUUUAACCGGUUGAAGCAUCGGCUCUCUCUGCAUGCUGCUCUCUCUCUACUGUAGCUUGACAAUGUAAGCCGCGGACUGCAACCGUUUCCGAAAGGUAUUAAGGCUGGCGCUGCCUGACUGUGUACGUUUAGCGUAGGGGGAAAAAGGUACAUUUCUGUAAGUUUUAUGCUUUUAUUGACAUGUAAAAGCUGCUUUUUUUCAGCCCUCCUCUGUCCGUCCAUCUGUUUGUCCAAGUACCUCGCUUCAUUUAAUUGGGAGAAGUAAGGGCUAGAUUUGUGGUUGGGCAGCUACUUCUGAUAUUAGAGCUCAUGAACUCCUCUCUCCUGAAAAAAGUCACAAUGCCUUUACAUGUAAAGGAAGGCGGCAGAAGCGCUGCUAUCGAUGUGCUGCAAAGCAACCACAGUUUGUCCAACAAUCCCUACCUCCCAUGCCUUUUUUUUCCUCCCAUUCCUCUCGCCUACUUAAAGACCCCGACAGCAUUAGAAGCACAGGUGCCAAGUUUAGGCCAAAACCACAAAUGGAGGAAAUACAAAGACACCUUUAUUGUCUCAGUGAACGGCAUUGUGGAUAGAAAACAGUAGCAAUUUCGUUAGUUGCAGAUAUAAGCAUAUGAGCAAUUGAACCCUGGCCUUUGUCUGAAAGGCUUCAGCUUUAGACGUUCUAGUCAUUGAGGUGUAGGAUUUUAAUGGAUUGGUUAACUAGGUGCCAAAUGGGACUUCAGAGUUCCUGUGAAGAGGUAUUUGAUUUUUACAAGCUGGGAAAGAGGGCUUGUUUAAUAAUGCUGAAACGUGAUAAUCCCUGGCUAGCAAAGAAAUCUGCGUAGUCUUGUUCCACACAAGCCUUUUCAGCUAAAACCAAACGGGUUUAAGCAUGCUGUAGACAAGCAGAUGAUGAGAUGCUUGUGCUAAUCUUUCCUCCUACUGCCAGCCCUCACACACUGGUCUGUUUUUCUAACCUGACUUGGACAGCAUGCAGUUAUAAUGUGUGUGUGUAUGUGUGUGCACGUAUGUGAGUGUGUGUGUGAGAUACAGUAAAACACCGAAUAGGAAAAUAAAAGUUAAAUUGCCAAAUGUCCUGUUAAAAUGUUUAGCAUAUAAACGGACACUUUUUUAUGGUGUGAACAUUUAAAAAGAAACUUUGUUGUUAGCCUAUGGAUCUGCCGUACAAAGUCCAUAAGUGCUGCAUAUAAUAUGCAGUUUUAACGCAAUGAGUCUCUGCGUCCAUUGAUUUGAUGGAUAUAUGACCCACAUGGUCUGGUCUGGUGAGCAGCUCACUCCUUUCAGAGCCUCAGAGGCAUCCAUGUUGCCGCCUUCUCUAACUACCUGAAGUUCUCAUGCCAAUCUGGAUUGAGACAACUGGUUGUGAUUAGUGAGGGUUAGGCAUGGGCCGGUAUAAUAACCUUCAGUAAAAACACCUUGGUUUAACAGUAUUAAGAAAACAAAUGUCAUGUCAAGCAGAAAUGUCUGACAUCAUCUUAUUGCUUCAGUUUAAAACAGAAUCAUUUCCACCACUGCUAAGAAUAAUACAACUAAAACGGCUUGAUUUUGGAUUAUUAUUGUUAACAUAUAUCUAACAUUACAAUGAUUAAAUUAAUUAUGAUUAUUCCCCAUUUUCUUUAUACUUUUUUUCAUUUUCACCACCACAACAUCCCCAACACUCUUCGUGACAAUUUUGAUCUAGGUCACUAAGGUCUACAUCAGUUGUGGGCAUAAAAGGUUUGUGAAGGGAUGUGGACAAAAACAUUACUGGAAAGAAGAGAUUAAAUGCGUGUGGCCUGAAACACCAAAGCCAAUCAAAUACAGCAUCCAAGCAGUCGUUGAUAUUGUAAUGAUGAUUGUGGUUCGAUAUGUUCUGCAGAUGUAGAUGUAAUAUUUUGAUUGUUGCAGUUUUGGAUGUUAUCUAUAACCUUUUUUUAUUAGUUGAUACAUUAAGCUGCAACAUUUAAUAACAUUUUUCAAGUAUUUAUUUCACAGAAUAUUAUAACUUAAUCAUCUUAUCUUCCCAAGUAACUGUGAGAUUUAUAGAAGUGAUGAGUGGGGCUAAUUUAUUUUCAUGCCAUGACUGUGUAUGAUAUACUCCCGAACAGCCAAAUCUGUCUUGUAAGCAAAGGAAAAACAUAAUAGACUCAGCAACAGUUGGGAGAAAAUCAAUUCUAUGUUCUAUACAACAUAAUAAAACUCAAUCAGUCCUGCGUUUCUUUUGGCCAAUGUCAGUUUUAUUGACUGAAUAUUUUUCUUUGACAACUCUUUCUUUGAUCAAAUUUAGCCGAAACACGAAAUAAAAACUCAUUCGGCAUUACUAAAUAACCUUUUCGGCAAUGAAUAGGAUAAAAAUCAAAUCUAAUUUUAGUCAUGUGGAAAGGCAGGAGGAGUUGGGAAAAUAGCGACUGAGACUUAAUCUGAAGUUAUUUAAACUAACAAAAUUAGGUCUGUGUGAUGCAAAAUUUAACUUUAUGUCCAUUUCAUCCUAGGAUAAAUAUUUUACCUGGGUGUAAAGAGAUAAUUGUCCCUAAAUUUGUUAGAGGCUCUAAAAAAUGCAUUCCCCUGACUUCAGAUUUUAGUCGACAACGUGAAACCGGUCGGAGUAAAACUAAAGUUGCUUCUGUCAUCUCAUUAAAAAGAGUUAAAAGGCAAAUGUUUGCAAUUUGAAACUGUAACUGAUUUUUCUUUUGGUAUAUCUUAACAGGGUGACCGGCCCAUGCCUAGUGAGGAUUGUUCUUAAGUCUCAUUCUUUUUCUAGUCCACAUAAAUUACCCAGAACACUUUCUGGAAUCGCGUAGGUCUAGAUGAAAUCAAUUUCCACCAGAUUGUGACUGAUGUUGCUUGGUUGUUCGAAUGAAGAGCUGUGCAGAUGCAUGUGCCCAGUUGAUCAAAGACAGGUGGAUUACAGAUUUAGUAAAAAAAGAAAUAAUCUGACAGUGAAGGUUAAGUUUCAUAUACGGAACAGCUCAUUUCCUGGGAAAGCAUUUCAAAACUUGCAAUAGCUUUUCCUUUCAGUCACUCAUCUAAAGCUCUCUUGCUGGCAAAUCCCUCCUCUGCACAGUACACUUGUAUUUUGUCCAUAAAUUAACUAGCACGAGAAUGUCUCACCAGAAACCAGAUCCUGAAAUCAUGGUGCAAUCAAACAGAGUUUACAUUCAUAAAUAAUGAGAUUUGUGUACCUUUUUAAAUGCUUGGAACAGCGGGGGAGCUAAUAGCCAGCAGGUCUGAGUUUGAAACUGAGAGUGUUUCACAGGAAGGACCCAAGAAAGCAGAAACCUUAGCUUGUAUUGCUUUUGUCCUUUCCUCUUAAUGUUUUCCAGCUUUUCAGAGUGGGAGAAGUGUACAUGGUUGUUUAAAAUUUUAUUUUUGUAUACCUGCAUUGCAAAGGUGGAUCUUACAAGCAAUGACUAUGGUGUGAAGUGAUGUAGUGUCAUCACCGAGUUCAGAUUUGUGUCUUUAAAUUCCCGUGGAUUCCAUGUGAGAUAGUGUUUGGCUCUGGUUUUAUAGCCGAAAAACAGAAAACAAAAGGUUGAGAGCUGAAGUGUCCUGACGGGAUGAGAGGUCUGCAAAGCUUUGGCCUUACUUUCUUUCUUUUUUUUCUUUAUAUUUAGAAAAGAAGACAAACAUUGCUAUAGGUGUUUCACUACCUCUCAUAUUGGUUAAUUUAUUUCACAUCAAGUUGUCAAUGUACAAGUUGUUGUUUAGAUCUACUUGAAGCCUAACACUGUAAACAAAAAAUGUGCACAGAAAAUGACUCUAUGUUAAGGACCAGAGGUAAAAGAGAGCUUGGCCUAGUCAACAUUAUUAUUAUUAAUAAUAUUAUUUUGUUUAUAUGUAUGUUUGUUUUUAAUUGUGUUGAGCUGAACUAGAUUUUGCAUCUCUAUAAAGAAUUCAGGAAUCCACUGUCUAAGGGCUAAUCCCAUUUUUGCCUAUGCAAAUCUGUUACUGUGGAAGAGUUUGGAGAUGUCGCAGUGGUGUACCUCUUACCUGUUUUAGACGGACCAUGGUUUACUUUGCCCUAUGCUGAUAUUCUUCAGCAAAAAUGUACACCUUAUUUUUGUUUAUUUAUAUAUAUAUAUAUAUAUAUAUAUAUAUAUAUAUCUCAAAUAUAACAAGUAAUAUAAACUGAGAAAAGUAUAUGCCUUUGCGAUGGCUGUGAAAGAAACCUUGCUUACAAGAACUAAGGUGUUGUCAGACAUGGUGGCUGAACGCUGAGGUUUUGGUUCGAACGAAAAAGUAGAUUACUGGAAUUUUGCUGACGGUUGACUUUCAGGAAAGCUGUCAUUGCUCAGGCUACAACAUUAGUAGCUGAACUGUGCAGUACUGCCUGACUGAGGGGGGAAAAACCUAUUUAUUUAAGAAGCAACCACACCAUGACCGUCUUCAACACUGCAACAAUACCGGAAUAUGAAGGCAUUUGGGCCACCUAGGACUUAUUGUCUUUUUCACUGUAAUGUAUUAUCAUUUUUAAAGCAGAACCAUGUGACUCUGUGAUCCUGGGUCAAUUUGCCGCUUCCCCAUUUUGAUUAUGCUCAUUACCAUUUUUUUUACUUCCUUUUUGCAUCCAUAAACAAACCCUUUUGAACCCACAUACUUAAGUAUAUUUGUUUUUUCUUAUGUAAUACAUUUUUUGAAUAUGACAAUAAUCAUAGAAAUGCUCAAACCACACUUAGAAUGUAAUAAAAUUAUCAUGCCCUAUUUUCAAUUAGUGCCAUUCUGAUACCCAUCUGGACCAGUUGCCUCAAAUGAAAUGUGACCCUUGAUCAAAGCAAAAUAACACUGGACUAUAUCCUGCUGGCAGUGUUGUAGCUACUGGCUACCCUAAAAGUUGAUAAAUGGUGUUGUUACCUAAUUUGCAUAAUUGGCAAUGUGCAUGGAUGAGAAUUAAUAAGUCAAAAAGAAGAAAAAAAUAACCCAAAAUAUGUUUAGAAUUACAGAUGAACUUAAUUUUUGUUUUUUAAUGUUCCAACUCUCCUCAACAACAGAGCCAGUGGUGGCUUGACUAAGAAUAAUACGUGCUUUUACAUCAAAGUCUCCAGAAGCCUGCAGUAGCUUCAGAAAAAGUCGUACGAUUUAUUGCUAGACACUUUUUUCAAAAUCUUGAAACAUAGCAACAAAGUUCCGAAACUGGCAGCACAGCCUGCUAGUAGAUAUUUACGCAUUUGUUCACAGUAAACUAAGGCAAAAUUACAGUACAAAAUGUUUCCAAUGUGAAUACAAAUUGAGACAUGAAGGAUGCAAACUUGUUAUUGUCAGACAGCUGUUUAAUAUGCAAAAAAGUCAAACAGCUCAACUAUACAUACAAAAUGACCAGCACCAAACCUUUGCCAGACAAAAUGCUAUUGCUGUCAAUGUUGACAUUUAAGGACAUAAUUUAGGAUAAAUCCUUUUUUGGAAGCAGCACUAUACUAAAGUCAUUCAAUCUGCAAACAAAUUUAAAUUGAAAGUGAGCGAUGCUGUAAUGGAUGUAUUCUUUUUGAAAUAAGCACGGUCCGUCACAUAAAUUAAUUAUAAAAUAAAGAAAAACUCCACUUUC